AUGAACCACACAGCAGCCUACCACCCACAGGCCAACGGAUUAGUGGAGAGAUUUUACUGCCGCCUGAAGGAAUCCUUGACAACCAGACUUAAUGGGCCAAAUUCUAUUGACCAACUCCCAUGGGUGAUGAUGGGAAUCCGCACCGCCCCAAAAGAAAAUCUCAACACUUCUUCCGCGGAAAUGGUGUACGGUACCUCUCUUACAGUGCCAGGAGAGUUCCUUCCGAAUACGAAGUCAGACCCGGAUGUCAAAAGGUACCUCGCUCAACUGAGAAACAGCGUGGGCCAGUUGCGCUCUGUUCCCAUGUCAACACACGGUACACCCAGGUCAUCCAUACCAGAUGACCUCCGCACGGCUAACUUUGUGUUCGUUCGACGUGACACACGACGAAAAUCCCUCCAGUCACCCUACGAUGGUCCAUAUCAAGUCAUAAAUCCGAGAGUUAAAACAUUCCAACUCCUAAUUGGCGGACAACAACACAUAGUCUCCAUCGAUAGACUGAAACCGGAUUCAUGA